CAUUCUCUGACGGUAUCCUUAACAAAAGCCGAGAAAAAAAAACCUCACCGCCGGUAAAAUUUUCCGGCGAUCUUGGAAAGAGUCGAGAAAGCCAGGGAAAGAGAAAGAGAUUGAAUCGGUUCUAGAGUGCACCGAUCAAUGGUAUUUCGAGGUGAGAUGACGACGACGACGAGACCGGAGCGACCCAAGACUCUCCAUAACUUCACGCUCCCGAGCUUGAAGUGGGGGAGUCAGCGACAUCUCACGUGCACGAAGAUCGAAUCUACGAGCAGCGGAAGCGGUUCCGGCGAUCCCCGACUCCGACGCCGAUCUCCGCCUCUGAGAUUCUCUGAUUCCUCCGUCGCGAUCCCCGCCUCCGGCGAGUCUGAACAUCGUAGCAGGAGAAGCAACAGAAACAGCCAGCAUCGCCGGCCGAGGAACGCGCCGUUGAAAUCUGUGGAUGACGGCGGCGAGGAGGAGGAAGAGGAAGGGAUCGAGGAGUUCAGGGUGAAGAUCAUGUCGGAUCUGAAGACGGUGAGGGAUAAGAUCACGCAAUCGAUGUAUGCUCUCGGGGAGCGAGACGAAGAACAACGGAGAACCGAUGGCUCCGGCUCCGGUCAGGAGGAGAAAGAGGUUUCUCCGGUGAAGCCGUGGAAUCUGAGGAAACGAAGAGCGGCGUGCAAGGAACCAGCUGAGGGGAGGAUAGUGAAUCCGUCGCCGCCGCCGUCGAGAAACGACCCGACGAGGGUUGUGAAGGAGAGAUGCGGAGCGGUGGAAGCCGAGACGGCGGCGAAGGAGAUGAUGGUGCGGCCCAAGUUUUUCGUGAAGCUGUCGAAGAAGGAAAUCGAGGAGGAUUUCAUGGCGGUUGUGGGUCACCGACCACCGCGCCGGCCUAAGAAGCGGCCAAGGACCGUUCAGAAAAAGCUCGAUAGCUUGCAUCCUGCGUUUUAUUUGACUGAAGUGACGCUUGAUGAUUAUAAGGUGGAAGAAACCAAGAGAUGAUGAUGAUGAAUGAUGAUUGUGUAACUCAGUUGCCGUUGAAGUUUCAAGGAGUUGUCAAAUAUUUGAAAAAUUGGAUAAAGUCUUGAAGCUGCUUUUCGUUUUCUCAGUGAUUCUUCGUUCUUCUCAAGUUGUUCUGAAUAAACUGUACAAAAAAGGCUAUGGAGAACGUGUAGGUUCCUGUUGAUUAAAUUUACAUAAUGAAGUUUCGUUUCACAAAAAAUCUUAGACCAAGAAACAAUAGCUUCAUAGAUGUGUUUAAAUACUUUUUUUCUCUUUGAAUUUUGAGCGUUCUCUCCA